AUGGCCGACCUGGGAGCGUCGCGGAACUCUCCACCUCACAACCGGCCUCCAGGCAUGGAAGGAUUUUUAAAAUCUGAUGAGAGACAAAGACUAGCCAAAGAAAGACGAGAAGAAAGAGAGAAAUGUCUUGCUGCCCGAGAGCAGCAGAUCCUGGAGAAACAGAAAAGAGCCAAGCUCCAGUAUGAAAAGCAAAUUGAGGAGCGUUGGCGAAAACUGGAGGAGCAGCGCUUAAGAGAGGACCAGAAGAGAGCUGCUGUGGAAGAGAAGAGGAAGCAGAAGCUCCGAGAAGAGGAAGAACGGCUGGAGGCGAUGAUGCGCAGAUCCAUUGAGCGUACACAGCAGCUGGAACUGAAGAAGAAGUGCUCUUGGGGAGGAGCACUGGCUUCAAGCUCUGGCAGCCGUGAUGGUGAAUCAGAAAAUACCCCAUCCCUUCCUGUAGGUUUAGCAGCCAGCACCCUCCCUGUGGACCCAGGCACCGCUGCCACUGCUGCUGAGUCCACCAAUGCUUGUGACAAGCUUUCAACUUCGACCAUGAAUUUGCCAAAGCAGAUGGAGCCUCCAAUGAGUAAACGCCUGUCUUCAUCCACUGCAGCAAUACCUUAUUCUCCAGAACGAGCUCCUGCUGGCGCUCUCAAAUCAUCUUACAAAUCAUCUCCCACUCGAAAUGCUGAGAGAAAGAAGACUCCAACUUCUGGCACAGGAGAAUCAGGAAAAGGAGCUGCUGUGGGAGCUGAGGCCCCUCUGGUGGAGAAGGCAAAGAGGGAGCCUCGAGCAGUAACUUCCAAGACCACCGUGUCCCUGGGAUCACCACUGAAAAAAUGUGACUUUUCAACAGGCCUUUCUAAGAAACCAUCUUCUCCUGUAAGACACAAGUCAACUUCCAAAGUCUAUCAACUGUCUCCAAAGAAGUCACCAUACCCAGGGUCGCCAGUGAAAUAUCGUCUUCCUGCCUUUUCAUAUCAAGAAGUUCCGAAGAAGAAGGCAGAGAAAGAAAAGACCAACAAGGAAAGGGAAAGUGCUGGUGGACUGCAGGCUCUUGGUGGGCACGGAGAAGAUGCCCUUGAGAAGCAUGUUGUGGACAAGCACAUCACUGAGAAGCAUGCUGCUUCUGGAGGGAAGAGCGAGAGCAGUGAAGCUACAGGGAAGCCUACAGCAGGUACUACUGAUGCUGGAGAGGCAGCGAAGAUCCUGGCUGAGAAGAGACGACAGGCUCGGCUGCAGAAGGAGCAGGAAGAACAAGAACGACUAGAGAAGGAAGAGCAAGACAGGCUGGAGAAAGAGGAACUGGAAAGAAAGGCAGAAGAAGAAAGGCUUCGUCUAGAAGAAGCAGCCCGUAAACGUGAAGAAGAAAGGAAACGGCAGGCUGAGGAAGAGAAAAGAAAGGCAGAAGAGGCAACGAGGAAGAAGGCUGAGGAGGAGCUGUUAUUGAAAGAAAAUCAAGAAAAGGAAAAGCAAGAGAGAGAGAAGCAAGAAAAAGUCAUGAUUGAGAAGCAGAAAGAAGCAGCAGAAGCAAAGGCCCAAGAAGCUGCUAAGCAAAUGCGUCUAGAAAGAGAACAGAUCAUGCUGCAGAUUGAGCAGGAGCGACUGGAAAGGAAGAAGAGAAUAGAUGAAAUCAUGAAGAGAACAAGGAAGAGUGAUGUGUCUCCAGAAGUGAAGGUAGAAGUGAAGAAAGACGAGCCUAAAGUGGGGAGUCCACCUGUUGUGUGUGUGGAAAAUAAGGCAAAACCAGUUGUCCCCAACAAAAUUGAAAUCAAUGGAUUGAAUGCCUGCCAGGAAGUGAAUGGUGUAGGGCGAGCUGCCCCAGAAACUUUUCCUCGGGACGUUUUCGCUAAUGGGCUUAAACCAGUUCCAGGACUUAUUCAUUUAGAUACCCUUGAUGGGAAAUCAAGCAGUCUGUAUGAUUCCACUGAAGAAGUUCAGUCUAUGGAUGUGAGCCCUGUUUCAAAAGAAGAGCUCAUCUCCAUCCCAGAAUUUUCACCAGUGAGUGAGAUGAUUCCUGGGGGAUCCCUAGACCAAAAUGGAACUGGUCAUGCCCGAGCACUUCAAGAUCUCUUAGAUUUCACUGGGCCCCCUGCAUUCUCCAAGAGAUCCAGUGAGAAUCUCAGCCUGGAUGACUGUAACAAAAACCUGAUCGAAGGAUUUAACAGUCCUGGCCAAGAAAAUACUCUAAACACCUUCUGUUGACAAAUCCAACAUCUCUUUAAGGAAAGGUGGUGGUUGGAGACCCCGUCAAGCUGCUACUGGUCCUAUCCAAGCUGCUACCCAUCUGAAGAAGCUUCUGUCACUCUUAACCACUGGAUUCCACAUUAUUAGAUCUAAGUGUACCUGUAUUCCUAGCUAGUACGUCAGACACUGGCCACUCUUGGUAGAAACCUUGAGACUUUCACCUUGUUGGGCGUUAGCAAAGUUUCAUUCCCCAGUUCUCUUUAGAAGCUUCGGCUGCUGACAAACACUACCUGUACUGCUCAGACAUCCCAGUGAGCCUCUGAAGAGCUUAAGCGACUCCAGCUUGGAACUGUGCUUUACAACCAGCCUCUUCCCCAAGUUGGAGCACAUAACCGUUUAGGUAUUUUUCCUUGUAGAUAUUCUAUACAUUUAUCCAAACUCUACUAAACUUAAGCUGCAUAUCUUCCCUUCUUUGUUUUGUUUUGUUUUUUAACGAAAUCCAGGAUUCCCCUGUUCCCUGGGUACCUUUCUUGGAAGGUUCUGUCAAGAAGUCCUUUAUUAUUAUUAAGCUUAGCCACUUGCAAAAUAUAUUAUCCUACGAUACUCUUGGAGGGCUACAGUAAUGAGUCUGGUUGAAUAAGGAAGAAAUUGAACAGUGUGUGAUUUCUGUUCUAUUAUGUUGAUUCUUAUGUACAUGGGCAGCUGAAGAUAGCGAGUCCCUUUCAUAUUGUGCUUUAAAAUCUCCAAACUGCCCUCACUCCAAACCAUUGAGCGGCUCUAAUUGAAUAUAUGAACAAAUGAUAUGUAGUUGGUUGAUUUCCAUAAUGUUACUAUUUCUUUUGAAUCUUGGGGUGGGGGUGGGGUUGUGGAUUUACUCUUAUGUUUGCUCAACUUAACUCAAGCCCAGGACCAAAUGAAAACCGGAUGCUCUGAAAUGAGGGGCCCUGAGUUGGACCCAGUAUAUCACUUUACAAACUUUAGCAUAAAAGCAUCUGAAUGGGGAAAAUGACAGUCGAAUUUAUUAUACUCCAUACAUCUUAUGCCAUGUAGUGAUGUUUUCUCUGAAUUUGUUUCUCCUGGUUUAAAAAAAAUGUGACUUUCAGAUUAAAUUGAUCCUUUUUUCUUUGAAACGUUAUUUGAUUUGUAUAAUGAGGGGUUUGGAAAAAAACAGAAUUCUGAGAGAUGUAUGCAGCCAGAAAGUGUGCAACUAUGGAGAAAUCUCAACAGUAAUCUUGCUCGUGUGCUUUUCAAAGGAGCUAUGGUUUAAGAAUUUAUUCAUUACCGAAACUGUGUAUGUUUGUGUAUGUAUAUUGUAUGUAUAUAUAUAUAUGAAAUAAAAUACAUGCCUCCAAUGAUGCAUUGACAUUUAUCUCGAAGACUUAGUGGGAAAAAUCCUCUCUAUGACAAGCACACAGUACUUAAUAGCAUGGUUCUGUCUUUCCAAAAAAAUGCCUCACCAUCUUACAGCUUUAUUUUGUUAAAUGUUUGUUUUGUUGCGAUCUCUUGUAUCCGGCAGCACCAUUGUGACUGUGGUGAUGCCUCAUUUGCAUGAUGUGUACUUUGUGUUUAACAUGAAAUACAUUUUCAUGAUAGAGUCUGA